UUUCCAAAUACUUUUCUUCUGAAGAGUUGCAGACUUCCCCUAAUCAUUUUUUAGCUACAAACUUUUCUUCUGAAGAAUAUCUAAUAUCUUACAGAUCUGUUGCAGAGAGUUCCCUUAAUCAAUCCCUUGUUACCCACAAGAAAAGAAAAAAAAAAGAAAAAGGAGAAAACAUGGCUGGUUUUGUUGGAGAAGCCGUUUUUUCUGGGUUCAUUCAGAAGUUGGUCAACAUGGUCGCCUCGCCGGAGCUCUGGAAGUACGCAUGUGAAGAGCAAGUGGAUUCUGAGCUGAACAAGUGGAAGAAAAUAUUGAUGAAGAUCUACGCAGUGCUCCAUGACGCAGAGGAGAAGCAGAUGACAAACCCCCUGGUGAAGAUGUGGCUACACGACGUCAGAGACUUGGCUUAUGAUGUGGAGGACAUCUUGGACGACUUCGCCACCCAAGCUUUGCGACGCAACUUGAUCGUGGCUCAACCCCAACCGCCCACUGGUACCGUUCGGAGCGUUUUAUCUUAUGUGUCUACUAGUCUCACUUUGAGUGCUGCUUGGUCCAAUUUAAGUAUGGGUUCCAAGAUAGAGGAGAUCACUGCCAGAUUACAAGAUAUUUCAGCCCAAAAAAGGCAACUGGAUUUAAGAGAUAUUUCUGCAGGUUGGUCUGGUAGAAAGAGACUACGGAGACUGCCAUCCACUUCUUUGGUGAUUGAAUCUCGUAUUUAUGGCAGGGAAACAGAUAAAGCUGCCAUACUUGCCAUGCUGCUCAAGGAUGAUCCAAGUGAUGAUGAAGUCUGCGUGAUCCCUAUCGUCGGCAUGGGAGGUAUAGGCAAAACUACUCUUGCUCAACUUGCGUUUAAUGACAAUAAAGUGAAGGAUCAUUUUGAUUUGCGAGCUUGGGUCUGUGUUUCCGAUGAUUUUGAUGUUUUGAGGGUGACCAAAACUAUUCUGCAAUCACUUUCUCCACAUACACGUUAUGCCAACAAUCUUAAUUUGCUUCAGAUUGAGCUCAGGGAGAAACUUUACCGGAAGAAAUUUCUUCUUAUCUUGGACGACGUUUGGAAUGAGAAUUUUGAUGAAUGGGAUAUUUUGUGCAUGCCGAUGAGAGCCGGAGCGUCAGGUAGUAAGCUUAUUGUCACAACCCGUAAUAAAGGGGUUGUAUCUGUUACCGGAACUUGUUCAGCUUAUCCCCUUCAGGAGUUAUCAUAUGAUGAUUGUCUAUCUUUAUUCACCCGACAUGCAUUAGGGGCAAGAAACUUUGAUGCUUAUCCACACCUGAAAGAAGUUGGAGAGGAGAUAGUCAGAAGGUGCAAAGGCCUGCCUUUGGCAGCAAAGGCGCUUGGUGGCAUGUUGCGCAAUCAACUAAAUCGCAGAGCAUGGGAAGAUAUAUUAACAAGCAAGAUAUGGGAUCUCCCGGAGGAGAAAAGUCAUAUUCUUCCGGCUCUCAAGCUAAGCUACCAUCAUCUUCCUUCUCAUUUGAAGCGGUGUUUUGCUUAUUGCUCGAUAUUUCCAAAAGACUAUGAAUUCGACAAAGAUGAAUUAAUCCUAUUAUGGAUGGCAGAAGGUUUUCUGCAACAAACAAAGGGAGAGAACCAGCCUGAGAAGUUAGGUUGUGAGUACUUUGAUGAUUUAUUCUCAAGGUCAUUUUUUCAACAAUCAACUCAAAAUUCAUCCCAAUUUUUAAUGCAUGAUCUUGUUAACGAUUUAGCACAAUCUAUUGCUGGAGACAUAUGCUUUAAUUUGGACGAUGAGUUAGAGAAUAAUAAGCAAUCCACGGCUGUUUCAGAGAAGGCUCGUCAUUUGUCAUUCAAUCGUCAACGUUAUGAGAUGAUGAGAAAAUUCGAAGCGUUUCAUAAGGCUAAGUGUUUGCGGACGUUAGUUGCUUUGCCACUCACUACUUUUUCUACAUAUUUCAUUUCAAGUAAGGUGCUAGAUGACCUUUUAAAAGAAAUGAAAUGUUUGCGGGUAUUGUCAUUAAGCGGUUAUUUCAUAAGUGAGAUGUUACCAAAUUCCAUAGGUGGUUUGAAACAUCUGCGCGCGCUAUUUGAAUUUAUCUGA